CGGCCGCCGUGCCGCCGCCGGGCAUUACAUCAUUGGCUAAUUAUUUUGUACCGACAGGAUGAAGCCAUCCCACUCCGCCAAGCUGCUGCAAACCAUGCGUUUAUGUACGUGUGAACACGCCAGCGCAGCAAUUUCGUUCAGAUAUUGGCCCAAUGGCUUGCAUUUUGUUAUGCACUUCACAUGUCCAGAGCAAAACCAGAGCAGCAAGGAAUACUGAGCCUGAAGGAGGUUACUGAUUUGGUCAAGUAUGCAGAUCGUGGCAGGGAUAUAGGACUGCAGAUUAAGCAUGAGAACCAUCUGAACUCUCUGUCAUGGCCUGAUGGAUUUGUGCGACGCUGGUAAGGAAGAUGAAGGUGUCCAAGUGUGGAGCAGGAAAGAAGCAUGACUGAACAUGGUUACAGGUCAAAUGCUUCUACAAACUUGCUACUAGUACAUGUGAACUAAUCAAUUCUCAGGAUAAUACUAGAGAUCUUUUUAAUGAUCUUACCUGCUAGUGCUACUACACGCGAACUCACAGCAGCCUGACAUUUUUAAACACAAAUUGAUGUCUACAAGAAAGUUGCCUGCUUCUGAUCAGACAAGGACAGAAGGCCGGCUGCGACAGUGGUGCAGAGGCCGGCCGGCCGGUGGAUGGUUAAACUAACCUUGUGAAAUGUGAAGCUACGAUGGUUCCAAUAGACAGCAACGUAUUGUACGAUGUACUUGUUGGCUUCACAUAUAAUGGGUGGAGUAGGAAAUGAUAUAUCCAGUCUAACUCCCAAGAUAUUGUCACUGCAGCAUCAGCAACAGCAUACACUCCACUAUGGCUGCCACACCGGAGGAGUUGUUGGGCCUCGCCGAGCCUGCACCACUGUCCCCCUCCGUCUUCCUCGACCUUCCUCCGACGACCCAUGGUGACUCACAGAAUGACAUGGCCCUGGAAUACAUUUCGCGCAUGCUCACGGAGGAGGACAUCGUCGACAAGUUCUUCUACCACUACCCUGACCACCCGAAGCUCCUGCAGGCGGAGCAGCCCUUCGCCGAGAUCCUCGCCAACACCUCACCCGCCGCCGACCAGGAGUCCUUUGCCGACUCCACCUCCAUCUUGAUGCCCAGCCAAGGAAACGACACAGACGUCAUGGUUUCUGGGUACCAGGUACAGGAUCCAGCCUUCUUCUUGAAUGACACAGGCACGGUGGAGCCCAAUGGUAUGGUGGUGUUUCCCAGCGAGAGCAGCACCAGCAUGGAAUUCUUCAAAGGCAUGGAGGAGGCCAACAGGUUCUUGCCCGCAGACAAUGUGAUGGUGGAUGGUAGGGGGCGUAAGAAGAGACCUGGCAUGGAUGGUGAGACGGAGGCAGGCUUGGGCAGGAGCAGCAAGCAAAUAAUGGUGGUGCUGCAUAGUGCCACUGCCUUGGAGGAGGAGGAGGAGGAGGAGGAGGCGGAAGCCACCGCGUUGGAGAUGUUGGACCGGCUCAUCCUCAACGGCUACGAAGCGUGCCCGAGCGAGAUGCAGGAGGUAGUACGUGUCACCUGGGAAGACAAGGAGGACAAGGCAGCACGGCAGAGCAUCUCCAGGCGUGGGAGGCGCGGGGCGAGGCACACGGUGGUGACUGACCUAGAGACUCUGCUGGUCCGCUGUGCAGAAGCAGUGGCCAGCAACGACGUGUGCGGCGCGAGCAAGCUGCUGGAGCGGAUCAAGUAUCACUCAUCGCCGACAGGGGACGCCAGGCAGCGGCUGGCGCACUACUUCGCCCAGGGGCUGGAGGCACGGCUGGCUGGCACGGGGAGCCGACUGUACCGAUCGCUCAUGGGGAAGCGCACCUCAGCCGUGGAGCUCAUCAGGGCCUACCAUGUGCACACGGCCGCGAGCUGUUCGAUCAAGGUGGGGUUGCUCUUCUCCACCCACACCAUCUACAAGGCCGUUGCAGGGAGGAGGAAACUGCACAUUGUGCACUACGGCAUCAGCACCGGGAUUCAGUGGCCGGACUUGCUCCGGUUACUGGCGAAUAGGGAGGGUGGGCCACCACAAGUGAAGAUCACCGGCAUCAACACCCCUCAGCCCGGGCCCUGUCCGGCUGCUCUAAUGGAGGAGGCAGGGCACCGGCUCAACAAUUACGCGAGCCAGUUCGGCGUGCCAUUCGAGUUCCGCGCCAUCGCAUCCAAGCUUGAGGAUGUCCGGGCUGAGGACCUGCACAUCAAUCCAGAUGAGGUCCUGGUGGUGAGCAGCCUAUACGAGUUCAGGACCUUGAUGGACGAGAGCCUCACCUCUGACAUGCUAAGCCCAAGGGACAUGGUACUCAACACUAUCAGGAAGAUGAGGCCGUCUGUGUUCGUCAGUUCCGUCGUCAAUGGACCAUACAGCGCGGCCUUCUUUAUGACGCGGUUCCGCCAUGCGCUCUACUACUUCACGGCAUUGUUCGAUGUCAUGGAGACCACCAUUCCACGGGACAGCGACAAGAGACUUCUGGUGGAGCGGGACAUAUUUGCACGGUCCGCCAUAAACAGGAUCGCAUGCGAAGGCGCAGACCGGGUGGAGCGCCCUCAGAACUACAAGGAGUGGCAGACGCGGAACCAGCGAGCGGGGCUAAGGCAGCUGCCAUUGGACCCUGAUAUCGUUCUGAUGCUCAAGGACGAAGUGAAGAAUCGGUACCACAAGCAUUUCAUGAUCUGCGAGGAUCACCGGUGGCUUCUGCAAGGAUGGAAAGGCCGGGUGCUCUAUGCCCACUCCACAUGGGCAGCGGGUGAUCCUACUGGUUCUCUAGUGUGAUGGACUCAAGUACCGAUAGACGCAACUUUCAUCAGUGUUUGAUGGUCUGUUGUAGUACCAGAUGUGUGUUUGCUCCUCUUUUGUAUCUGUAACUUAGUAACAGAAGCCAUUAUCAGAUUGUCCGAGUGGCCCCUGUUUGUUCAAAGCUGCUGUGAGCACACAUAUAUCUGUUUAAUAAACAUGUA